GGCCAAACUCCGACGGCUCCUUUGCCCGACCCAGUCUCUUCCGAAGAAGAAAGAAAAACGCCCUAGCCUCCCCCCGAGAUGAAGACCCCAAGUCUACGAACGGCGUUGCAUGCCCUGCUGAUCGCAUGGGCCCCGGCCACGGCGGCGCUCGCCGAAUCGUCGCCGCCUGACCGCGCCGUGCUGGACGCCGCGGCCGCGGCCGGGCCCGGCAAGCUGACCACCACCGCGAGCAACACAAAGGACGGCAAGCUGUCGGUCCUGCAGGAGGCGCUACGCAGCGUAGUGCCCCACGCCAGCCGCACCGGCGGCGGGGGCGGCAUCCCCGGCGCGGCGGACGAGGACGUUGCUGCUGCUGCUGCUGCUGCCGCCAGACAGAAACGUGAACAACAGGGAGAAGAAGGCGGCGGCGACGGGGAGGCCAUCGCCGGCAUCCCGGCGGCCGCCACGGUCACUCCCACCACCGCUAUAGCAGCGCCGCACGGGAGGGCGGAGGCCGCGUCCGACAGCCCCGGCCACCGCGCGGAUGAGCUGGCUGUGUGA